AUGAGAUGUAUUGACUAUUUCCUGAAGUGUUGGAAGAUGAAAUACCGUGGAAUGGGAAUCCCAGUAGGAAAAGACACUUUAUAUACCUUACUCUUUGCCAACGACCAGGUCUUGAUAGCGAGAGACAGAGACGACUCCAGUUAUAUGUUUAGAAAACUGCAUGAGGAAUAUUCGAAAUGGGGCCUAACAAUAAACACAAAGAAGACGGAGUACAUGGUAGUGGGUGAUGACGAACGUGAGGAUUUGGAUGUAGGAAUCGGCAUAAUUAAAAAUGUCUGUACAUUUAAAUACUUGGGCGUCACUUUUACAACAAAUGGAAAAAGCACUCAAGAUAUUGCAAAUAAAGUUGGUCAAGGAAAAAGAGUUAUCGGUCAACUUAACUCGUUGUUGUGGAGUGACAAAAUUUCCCAAAAAAAACAAAAAUUCGACUUUAUAAAGCCAUUGUAG